AUGCAUCAAUUGAAGCAACCACUACAAAUGAUGUUCGUUUCAAAAGAAUGGUCGAGUUGUGCAUGGGCAAAGAAACCUGAAGGGAAAGCUGUGAAGAAAAUCAUAAUGAAUGAUAAUACAUUUUGGCCUAGUGUGGUUUAUUCCAUUAAAACAACAAAGCCCCUUGUGAAUGUUUUAAGAAUAGUUGAUGGUGAGAGGACACCAGCAAUGGGAUUUAUUUAUGGUGCUAUGGAUGAGGCAAAAGAAAAGAUAGCAAAGAAUUUAGAUGGAGACGUGUCUUCAUAUAAGGAGAUUUGGGAUAUCAUUGAUCAAAAAUGGAGUCCCAAUGUUUCUGAGCAUCUAGAGAUUAAAACUGUUGAAUGGUGGGACAACUUUGGAGAUGAAGUUCCAGAACUCAAGUCAUUUGCAACAAGAGUUCUAGGUCUUACUUGUUCAGCAUCGGCAUGUGAACGUAAUUGGAGUACGUUCAAUCAAGUGCACACAAAGAGAAGAAAUCGUCUAUGCACAAAAAAGAUGAAUAGUUUGGUGUACAUUAUGUACAACAAAAAGUCGAAGCACAAAUUUUUUAAGAAACAAUCACGAAGAGAGGAUGAUGAUCCUUUGAUUGUUGAAAAUGUUUCUUCUGAUGAUGAAUGGGUAGCCAAUCCAAAUGAUGAAGAGGAUGGUGAUAGUAAAGCAAUCGAAGUUGGUGGGAAAAUUGAGAUUGAGGAUGAGGGCGGAAGUUUAGCACCGAGGAAGAGGAAAAGAAAUCAAGCACCAAUUGAAGUGAAUUUGGAUGAGGAAGAUGAAUUUGAAGGAGGAGAAAAUGACAGUGAAGAUGGAGAUGAUGGUCGAGCUAUACAAUUUCAUGAGAGUGAUGAUGAAGAAAGUGAUGAGUUCUCGGAGAUUUAA